UUUUCCUACAACACAGCGGAAAUGCACAGCUAAAACAAGGCGAGGACACACUAACCAUCAUUACCAACGAAUCUGACACCAGCAAGAAACCCAGGAAGAGGGCAAGUGGCAAACCUCCCAUAUCCCCAAAAUCCCCAUAUCUCUCCAACUCGUGUCUGCAGCCAAAGAAAUCUCCAGUUUGGCAUUCACUAACGGGAAGGAUGCAAGCGCACCAUCCGUCAGCCAAGGUCCCCAGAGAGCUGUGGCUGACAUCGCUCAGGCAGGAUCUGGGUGUGACACGGUCCCAGAACUCGGAGUACAACUCCGGAGCUAGCCGCAGUGUGAGCCGUGCCAGCACCACCCCCGAGUACCUGAAAGAAGCUUUCGGCAUGAGAAAGCCAAAACAUUCCCGGUUGGCUAAAAACGGCUACGUCCCCGGCACGCCCAACUACAAGGAGAGAGAAGACAUGUACGAUGAGAUCAUCAAACUGAAGAAAGUGAUCCAAGCUCACAAGACUGAGAAUGAUGUCACGAAAACUAAGCUCAGACGAUCAGAGGAGGAGAACAGCAAAAAGGAGAAGCAUAUCGAACAGCUCUUGGACCCUUCCAAGAGUUCGGAAUACACCAGGAGUCUGGUUGACAAGAACAACGUCAAUGGGAUUGUACGUGGAUUGAAACAGAAAAUCUUGAAGCUAGAGCAACAAUGCAGAGAGAAGGAGAACUCUUUGAAUAAACUCCAAACUGACCUGAAGACCAGCGACAUUGAGGAGAUGAGGAUCACCAUGGAGACAUACUAUGAGGAGAUUCAAAGGCUCCGACUUCUGUUGAGUGCAGAGAAAAAAGACCCUGCAGAGAGCAGAGAGUCGCAGAAACUCCUAAACUCCACCAGGUUGCGAUUGUCCAAAACCAUCAAACUUCUCCAAGAGGAGAACAAGACUCUGAAGAUGGACCUGGACCGAGUUCUCAGUAACUCUCCCGCGACCAGCACAGCACGGGGUUACAGCGAGUGGAGCAAACAGAGGCUGGUGAGGCGAGUGCUCGAGCUGGAGAGGAAAGCAGAGGAGCAGGAAUUGGGCUGGAGCAAAUUAGUUGGCGGUGGCAGAAAUAUGGAGGGACAGCUCCCAGUGCUGGACUGCGCUGCGGAGCGGCCCGAGCAGCGGGAAUCCUGCCUCCAGCAGGAAAGCCAUCACUUUCGUGGACUGGUGAAGAAGCUGAAGGACGACCGCAGAGAGCUGCAGGCGCAACUCGCCAGCAAGGAUGCCGAAGUAAAGAAAUUGAUCCAAGAGAAGUCUGAGCUGGGGAAAGUACUGGAGAGACUAACGCUUCAAGUUGAUCAAACCUCUGAGCAAACCAGGGAAGAGGUCUGGGGUCUGACAGAAAGGGUGAAACAGCUGGAGGCCACUCAGGAAGAGAAGCAGAGAGAGAAAGGAGAUGGCGUUGGGAAGAAAGAAGACACAGACUGGGACUCCGAGGCAACAGCCACCAUCCAGGCAGCUCUACAGGGGCAUCGAGCUCGGCAGAGGCAGCUCUCAGCCCGAGGUGACACCCACGCCACACACCCAAAGGAGCCAAACAGCACCUCCUCUCUGCACAACAAGAGCCCUUCUGCUUCUCCCAGUAACAGCACCCAGAGGCUUAUCUCUGCCCAGGUUGAGGACGAGGAGGCCAUCACCUUCAUCCAGUCCUCGUUGAGGGGUCACCUGAGCCGCAGAGAGCGUCUGACACAGAGCAACACAGGCAAAGCACAACCUACUCCUUCAACUCAACAAGCAAAAGAAGCUCCUGAUGUAGCAAGCAGGUCCAGCAAGGCCCGAAGCCGACCAGCAUAUCUGGAUUUCCACAAGGGGGAUGAGGACAGCGACGAGAUACCAGAGGAGUGUUUUGAAAUUGAAGACAAGGAAGAGAUGGAAUCUGUGAGGAAACUCAAUUUAUCAGCAAAUAGACCGCCAUUGGAGAGGUCCAGUUACGGGAGAGCAGAAGAUGUGGACUCAGACAACUCUGACGAUCUCGUCAUUGUUUCACUAAAAUCUCAGGAUUCCAACUUCUAGAGGCAGAUGUUUUCAAUGGAGGGGGCCAUGAUUCCAAUUGGGGCCCAGCAUUUGCUCCAGGUUUUGGGGUGUAGGAGGUGUGUACGUUUAUAGAUUCACAACGUAUAAACCGCCCUGCCCCCAUUUGUUUUAAAAUCUAAAAUCACUUGCCAACCAACCGAAUGCGCUCUGCCCUUCUGAAUGUAGCUGACUGCAGUGUUGCCAUCCCUUUCAAUUAUCUGGGUCAUGUUGAAACCUCCCGCCUUUUGCCUGCUCUCGUCACUGUGAGCGUACUUCAAUGAAGCUGCUAAUGUCUGUUUCAUGACUUAUUGGGAGUCGACGUUUGCAAAUAAAUUACAUUACAAAUUUACAUUUAUACAGCGCCUUUCACAUCGGGAGGAUGUUCCACAGUUCUUAACAAUCCAGGCUUACCUCCCAAGAUUUGGUUUCUGGCGUAGACUGAUAGUUUUUGAAGAGUGUUUUGUAGAGAAACUUAAAUGAACAAGUUGUGGCUUGUUUUGAAUAAUGCCUAGAUACCUAUUCAAAUGUUUCAUGUUUCUAAUCACCUGUGCCUUUGCUGGUUUACAUUGAUAGGAGGGAUUCUAGUAAUACCUUCAUAUUUAUUAUGUUUUUACUUUGUUUUAGAAUUUUUUAUAUUAUAAGAUUUUUUAAAAAACAUUUUAAUAUUGUAAAUAGAAAUUCCAAAUAAAAAUCUUU